GUACUGUAGAUGGCAGCAACGCGCUUUCGGGUGUUCAAGCUCCCAUUCGACAGCGCAGAAGAAGAAGGCACUGGAAAUCCGGCCAGUUCACGUGACAGCUCUUAGCUACGGAAGAAAACAACCGCUUUACAGUAGCGGUUGCUGUUUUUAAGAAGUAAACGUUUCUUUGUGAUUUGGGGUGAAUAUUGCGCAGCCUGAAGGGGGGGAACGAAUGCAAAAGACGGUUUAUAUUACUUUAGGUUUCCAAACAUGGUUUCGGGUCCGCCGCUGUCAGGAGUGAACGUAGUGCUGGUAAUGGCCUACGGAAGUCUGGUAUUUGUGUUGCUCUUCAUCUUUGUAAAAAGACAAAUCGUGAGGUUCGCCAUGAAAUCUCGACGAGGACCCCACGUACCGCUUGGACAUAACGCCCCCAAGGACAUGAAAGAAGAGAUUGAAUCACGCCUGUCCAAAGUGCAUGCCAUUCGUUACGAGCCUAGGCUGCUCUCUCAACAGGACGACCGGCUGAGGAACAGAGCUCAGAAUGGCUGUUAUAACUACCUGUACAGAAUGAUGGCCCUUGAUGCUAUCAGAGACUCGGACAUCCCGUUCCAGGAGAUGGGCCGCAGCCACAGUGCAGUCACAGGCUGCAGUUUCCGCAGCUGGCUGCUGGAGCUGCGCAGCUCCCACUCAGCAUUCAAGAACGGCCGCAGCGCUCUCAUUGACCGGCUGCUGGAGGGAUACGAGAGUGCCCGCCAUGGGACAGGGGUGUUUGGAGAGGCGGAGUUUUUGAAAUACCAGGAGUCUCUAAACGAACUGUCUGAAGUUGUUAAAGCCCAUUCCAGCUCAACCAGUCUGAAUCUGCAGCACCAAUCGGCAGCCAAGGACCUGACCAGCUCUCCCAGCCUGACUGGCCCCUCCACCAUCCAGGUGACCUACCUGCCUUCUGGCCAGCGCAGCAAGAGGCCCAAGCACUUCCUAGAGCUGAAGAACUUCAAGGACAACUACAACACGCUGGAGAGCACGCUGUGAGAAGACGAGGGCACACGGAUCAACGGAUGCCACGCGGCGAGUCUCUAAGGCCUCGCCGGGAUCAGCGGAGACGCGAAAGGCAUGGAUCUGAAAUUCACUGAGCACGCGGUGGGUGUGUUGGGGACAGCAGUGCCAUGAGGUCAGUUAGGGUAGGCGUUCAGUCGCCUGGGUGAAACAAGCAAUGUCCCAUAGGAUUCGACAUCCCGGGUGGCACAGAGCCUAGCCAGUGGCAAGCAAUGAAGAGUCUAAGCAUUUUUAUGGAGCAUCGCUACCUGCCUUUUCGAUACCCCCCCCCAACUCAGAUGGGGUGUUUCAAGCACUGUGCGGCGAUGGAAACAGAGAGGGGAGCUGAGGUUAAACGUCAGUGUCCGCUGACCCAAAAGCCGUAGGUCAUCAUAUCGGCGGCAGUAGAUAUGGAUGAUUUCGGAUAAGUGCACUUCUUGAAAAACCUCGGGACCUCUGUACACACAUGCGAGAAUGUAUUUUUAAUUUUUUAUGAAGCUGCGUGUGUCUGUGUGUGCGGUAGAGAGACAUGGGCGAAAAAGCUGUUAAAAAUGCUACGUCCUUUUUUUUUUAGCAAAGUGAAAAGUGUGUAUACAGCAGUACAAAGCCCGGUUCUAUGCUUUUUUUUUAUUAAUGCCAGAUUAGAGAUGUACAGAUUUUUUUGAAGUCGUUUUUUUACAACUUAGUUGAUGGAUCAGAUCCUGGGGUCAUGCUGGUUAACGGCUUUGUGAACGUCUGUAAUAAACCGCUAGAGUCUCCAUGUGCGCUGUAAGAAAUCUUCAAAACUUGUUUCUUCUCUGGCUUAAUUUAACAAACUCAAAGAGUGAUUUAAGUCUCAGUGAUGUCACUGUAAAAAUUCAUUCUUUUCAUUCACAAAUCAGUGAAUCAAGGAACCCUGCACAAAUGAGGUGGCCCAAGCCUGAAUGGCCAAUGUAAUUUUAUGUAAGUACAAUAUGUAAUGAAACGUGUAUAUAUAAAACUUACCCAGAAAUAAAAUAGUUUUAUGAAA